AAGAACGGAACGACUAGCCAGUGCACCCGCGAGCGGGCGGACGGAUAAAGGGCUCAUCCUGUGGAGACGAGAGCAGUGCCUCAGUUCGUCUGCCUUUACCUAGAACCAUGGCGACCGGCGCGGAUGUCAGAGAUAUUCUGGAGCUGGCAGGACCAGAGAACGAAGCCGGACCCAUCAGUAAGAAAGAUAUUAUAAAUUCAGACAAGAAAAAGGUAAAGAAAACCACAGAGACACUGACUUUCAAGAGGCCAGAGGGAAUGCACAGAGAAGUCUACGCACUGCUCUACUCAGACAAAAAGGAUGCUCCUCCGUUGUUGCCCAGCGACACCACUCAGGGCUACCGCACUGUGAAGGCCAAACUGGGCUGUAAGAGAGUGAGGCCAUGGAAGUGGAUGCCGUUCACCAACCCAGCCAGAAAGGAUGGGGCGGUGUUCCACCACUGGAGACGCGCGGUGGAGGAGGGGAAGGACUACCCGUUCGCCCGCUUCAACAAGACUGUGCAAGUGCCUGUAUACUCCGAGCAGGAGUACCAGAUGUAUCUCCAUGAUGACGGCUGGACUAAAGCAGAAACAGAUCACCUGUUUGACCUGUGCAAGCGCUUUGACUUGCGAUUCGUCGUCGUCCACGACCGCUACGACCACCAGCAGUACAGAAAGCGUUCUGUGGAGGAUCUGAAGGAACGUUAUUACAACAUUUGCGGGAAGCUGGCGAAGGUGCGUGCCGUGACGGGCACUGAGCCCAAGGUCUACAUCUUCGAUGCAGGGCACGAGAGACGCAGGAAAGAGCAGCUGGACAGGCUGUUCAACCGUACACCUGAACAGGUGGCAGAGGAGGAGUACCUCAUCCAGGAGCUCCGUAAGAUCGAGAUGCGUAAGAAGGAGCGUGAGAAGAAGGCCCAGGACCUUCAGAAGCUCAUCACAGCUGCCGACAGCACCACGGAGAUGCGCCGUGCAGAGCGCAAGGCCACCAAGAAGAAACUGCCGCAGAAAAGGGAGGCGGAGAAACCGGCUGUACCUGAGACCGCAGGAAUCAAAUUCCCUGACUUCAAGUCAGCUGGAGUGUCCCUGCGCAGCCAGCGGAUGAAGUUGCCCAGCUCUGUGGGACAGAAGAAGAUCAAAGCCAUUGAGCAGAUCCUCACGGAGCAAGGAGUAGAUCUGAAUCCGAUGCCCACGGAGGAGAUCGUGCAGAUGUUUAACGAGCUUCGCAGUGACCUGGUCCUGGUCUACGAGCUCAAACAGGCCCACAGCAACUGCGAGUAUGAGCAGCAGAUGCUGCACCACCGCUAUGACGCUCUGCUAAAGGCAGGGGGUGCUGCCACACCCCAGAGUGAGACCGUGGGGGGUCCUGACGGCCAGGCCUGGCCCGGCGCUGAUGACAUCAAAACGGAAGCCAAGGAACAGAUCAUUGACGUGGUGGGAGGGCCACUCACACCAAACUCGCGGAAACGGCGAGAAUCUGCCUCCAGCUCCUCCUCCAUCAAGAAAAUGAAGAAACCCUGACAUGGAUCGCGUUUGGAAUUCCGCCGAAAGCUUCCGGGAAAAGGCAUGGGAGCGUUCUUGAGCAGUCUGCAUCUCCGGGAGCCUGUGCGUUGGGGUGCGCUCGUACUGUGACAUGAUGGGCCACUUGCUGGGUUUCACCCAUAAGCUUUUUCAUGGGCCCUGCGGGUCGUGUCCGUCCUGUGGACAUGCCCUUCCCAGGUGUCCCCUGUCCUCCUCUCCUGUUCGAUCCUCUUUGCGGUCCCUUCUUCACCCUUCUGGACCAGACCAGCUGUAGUGACGUCCGGUUCUACCGCUUACACACAUCUGCUCAGCUCUGACCUAACAGACCCCAGAGGAGGAGACUUGCUCACGACGUAAUGGGGAGGGAGACAGUGCACCACUACCUGCUGGGAAUGAAGAGUGAACCAUAUGGGAAGGGAUCCGGUUGGUUGUAGAUUUACGUUUUCCAUCCUCUGAACUACAUGUACAGACUGUGACUUGUUUUGUUUUUUACACCUGUAAUAUUUUUUGUUUUUUCUUGUGAGCUACUUAUCUCAUGCAAUCCCAACUCUUUUUAAGCAAUAUGGCAAUGAUGGCCGGACUCUACAGACUACAACUGUACUGGGACCACUCUCUGUUAAUCCCGAUCAUUAACGUCUAUUAAAUGUUUCUUUUACUUUCGGGCA